AUGUCAUCUGCUCGCCUGCUAGAGUCCGAAUUCGACCCACCGAAGCGCCGCAUACCACCUUCGGUUGCAGUACUGCUUGUCGUUCUCGGUAUUUCUGGCGCAUAUGGAGGCUGGCGCGUCUAUCAGGUUUUGACCCUCUGGCCACCUGAAGUUCGGGGUGACCUUCGCUCUGCUUUACGUGCCAAGCACGAUGGCGACCUCGAACUGAGCGAGCAGCACUUCCUACGCGCAUGGCAAACGGCUCGUACCCUCCCGCUCGAAGCCUUCGCCGACGACCCCUACCUGAAGCUGACAGGCAUCCCAAUUGCGCUCUCCGACGUUCUCGAACAGGAGGGCAAGGUCGAUGCUGCGUACGAGGUUCUUUCCGAGGCAUACACUAGCCUCCAAGAACCCGCUACGCGCGGCGCAUUGAGCGGCCCGGAACGCAUCCGAGCGGUAGCAUUGGCACACAAGCUCGGCGAGCUGGCGGAGACGUUGAAGAGGCCACUUGCGGAGCAGGAGAAGUGGCUGACAGAUGCAGUGACUGUCUUGCUGAAGACGGUUUUGCCGGGAAGGAAGGAUGAGGAUGCGCGCGAGGAACCUCCGUCACUUGCCCAGCUUGAGCUGCCGUGGUGGGUCAGAAAGGACGAUGUCGGUGCCCCGCUUGAGGCGCUUGGUGCUUUCUAUGCACGGACAGGCAAGGUUGACUUCGCCAUGCCCCUUUACCUGCAGGCCAUCUCGGUGUUGAUUCCACCUCCACCCAAGAAGGCACCCCCAGCAGACCGAUGUCAAGGCGCUCAGUUGAUGACGAACCUUGCCGACCUCAUCAUCCAGACUGACCCCGAGAAGAAUCCUGACAAGCUACAUCAAGCGCAAGCCUGGGCGCAGAAGGCGUUGGCUAUCGUCGAGGAUGCCCGCAAGAGCUCGAAGGAGGAGGAACCAUUGUGCGAGAUUGCUCUCGCCGUCGUGUUCUUCAACCUCGCUGUGCUGACGCAGAUCGAUGGAAACGUGAAGGACGCGCGCCGGCUGUACACUUAUAGCCUGAAGCAGUCGAAGUACGUUGGCAUGGACGAGGGGGUGGCAGAAGCCGAGCACGCGCUUCAGAAAUUAGAUGCGAAGGGCGAAUAG